AUGGGUGUAGUUUCUGCGUUUUUUCUAAUUAUUGCAACGUUAGCGUUUUCGCCAACUUCGGAAGCCGUUGAACCUAAAUGUUUCGAAGUAAAGGGUAUCCUCGCGCCAGUUUUCACUCCAGUAUACGACGAUGGCAGUCUUCGUCUUGACAUCGUCCCUCAAUACGCGCAGUACUUGAAAGAUAAAGGAGUUGAUGGCGUAGUAGUGGCAUCUGCGGCCGGAGAAGGUCCAAAUCUGAACGUGUCUGAGAACAAGUUACUUCUUGAUGCUUGGAUGGAAGCAGUCCGACCGCUAGAUCUAUUCAUCGUCUCUGGAGUCGGCGCUGAGCCCUUUCCUAAAACAUUGGAAAUUGCGGCUUAUUCAGAAAAAAUAGGCGUGGAUGCUAUUUUGGCGUACCCACAAGUGUACUAUAAGCCUCGGUCGGUCGAUGACCUGGUCUACUACAUGGAAUUGGUUGCCCAAAGUGCUCCUAAAACUCCUUUGUUGUACGACGAUCUACCUGGGUACACUGGAGUUCAUGUGGAUAUCGUGGAAUUUGUCGAGAAAAUGACCCAAAAAAUACCCACAUUCAAGGGACUACGGUCUAAUGACAUCAAUAACUUGCUGUUACUCCGAAGCAGAUUAAUUGACGAUCAGAAACUCUAUGCUGCAAAUGACUUCUACCUCGGUACAGAAGCUUUAUUAGAUUACGACAAUUACUUAAUGCCUAUAGUCAAUAUAUUCCCAAGAUUGGUAGAAGACAUAGUAAAACAUGGCAAGGACGGUAAUCGGUUCAGGACUCUGGAUCAAUACGACAAACUCGCAGAAUUGGCUGAAAUCAUCGAUGUCAGAGAUAAUUGGAUAGCAGGUUUAAAGGAAGCAAUGAGAUUGGUUACUGGCAUCAAUGUGGGACCUGCAAAACCACCCCAGCGCCCUCUAAGUGAGGAACAGAAGUACAGAAUUGCAAACCAACUGAGGUAUAGAGGUGUCGACGUCUACGCUUGA